AUGGAGGGCACCUCUCUAAAGAAACAUCAGGCCAAGGCGGCGGCAGAAGAGUCGCCCCCAUUUGACUCAUUUGACUCGUUUGACUCGGAGUCAUUUGAUCCGAACGCCAAGGAGCCAUUUCCUGCCGCCUUGGCUGCCCGCCCUGCCCAUCCCGCUGCUCUGCAUGGUGCGUUGACCAGGCCUUUUUCGCGAUGUCUCCUUUGCGUCUUCUCUUCUCUCACUUCCUCCCCUCCCUCUUCCUCACUUUCCAAUCUCCAUCUUGCAAUUCCCUCUCUUCCCUCUCCACCGCCGCUCUCCACUCCCCGCCUUGUCCCUCUGCGGCCGCAGCCUUUGAUUUUACCAGUGCCUUGUACCGCCUUCCUUCUCCAUUCCCUUUCUCGCCUGCCUCUCCGCCUCUGCAGCUCUGUACUGGACGCACGCUUUCAACUGCUUCGGCGAGCAGUCGUGGCGCUUCGCCAGAGCGGCCCUGCUCUCGUUAUUGUUUCGCUCGUUACUGCCAGUGGCGGUGGCAAGCUUUGUCAGCCGGCUGGUGGUAUUCGCAGCAUGCCCCGCCAUAGGAGGCCUCAUGGACUCGGCUCCGAGAGUGCGAGCCUACAGCACUCUCGUCUUUGUCCAGCUGUGCUACAGCAGGGGUGGUUCAUUGUGCUGGUGGUGGCGGGCUGUGUGGAUAAGCUAAUGGGGAUGGCCGCGGGAGUGGCGUUUGAGAAUGACUGGGUCCUCGUGCUUGUUGGACCGGAUCGCCCCGUGCCAUUGGCGAACGCCAACGCCAUGCUCAGGCGGGCGGAACAGAGCUGCGAGGUGGCAGCAGCGCUCAUCUUUGGAUGGCUCAUUGCAGCCUGGGGCCCGCUGGUAUGCGCCAAAGCAUGCCUCGCCGUCGUUGCACUCUCCCUCCCUGCCAUGGUGCCUUACCCUUCCUUCCGCGUCGUCGAUUGCAAUACUCCUGAUGCUGCUGAUGCUGCUGCUGCUGAUGCUGCUGCUGCUGAUGCUGCUGCUGCUGAUGCUGCUGCUGCUGCUGCUGCUGCUGCUGCUGCUGCUGCUGCUGCUGCUGCUGCUGAUGCUGAUGGUGGUGUCCUUGCUUCUGGACCACCCCCAGCAUCGCUCUGCAUGGUAGCCGUUGCAGCAGCACUAGCACCAGCAUCAACACCACCAGAAGCAGCAGAAGCAGCAGCAGAAGCAGCAGCAGCAGCAGCAGCAGCAGCAGCAGCAGCAGCAGCAGCAGCAGCAGCAGCAGCAGCAGCAGCAGCAGCAGCAGCGGCAGCAGCGGCAGCAGCAGAGGCGAUCCCUCACCCUGCCCAUUCAUCCCAGCAGGCACUUCCAAGAAGCUCAGCAGUAGGAGCACCAGCAGAGGGGAUGGGAAGUCCAGAUGGGAUGGGAAUUUCAGUGGCAGGCGUGGCAGCAUCAGCAGUGGUGGACGCAGUGGGCGGGUUGAAACGGGUGGUUGAAGCAAUGGGGAAGGGGUUUCGAAGCUAUGUGAAACAGCUGGUGAUGCCUGCGAGUAUGGCGUAUGUGCUUCUGUGCUUGAAUGGUGUUCUCACACCCGGGGGACUCAUGACCUCCUACCUCACGCUCCAUGGCUGGCAGUGCGGCGCUGAUCUAUCAAGCGCUGUUGGUCUUCCUCUCGCUUCUCACCUUCUCGUCGAUCUCGUUCGCGCCGCCUUCUCUGCACCAAGGCCUGCUGCUGCUCUUCCUCCUCAUCAUAGUGAGUCUGCUACUAUCGAGGAACUCCUUACUGCAGUAUCUCCCAUCAUGCUAUACCUAUCGCGGCACUUCUUAUCGUGGUGA